CAUUAAGUCGGUCGAGAUGGUCAUGGCGGAGGGGACAACCGUUCUGAGGAGGAAUAGACCGGGCACCAAGGCGAAGGACUUCUACAGCUGGCCCGAUGAGUCUUUUGAGGAGAUGGACAGCACUCUGGCAGUGCAGCAGUACAUCCAGCAAAACAUUCGCUCGGACUGCUCCAACAUCGAGAAGAUCUUGGAGCCUCCUGAAGGACAGGACGAAGGAGUGUGGAAGUACGAACAUCUCAGGCAGUUUUGCUUGGAGCUCAACGGCUUGGCUGUUAAACUCCAGAGCGAGUGCCACCCGGACACGUGUACCCAGAUGACUGCUACCGAGCAGUGGAUCUUUCUCUGUGCCGCCCACAAGACUCCAAAAGAAUGUCCUGCCAUCGACUACACCAGGCACACUCUGGACGGUGCAGCGUGCCUUCUCAACAGCAAUAAGUAUUUCCCUAGUCGCGUCAGCAUUAAGGAGUCGUCUGUGGCGAAGCUAGGCUCGGUCUGCCGUCGCAUCUACAGGAUCUUCUCCCACGCUUACUUCCAUCAUCGGCAAAUAUUCGACACGUAUGAGAACGAGACAUUCUUGUGUCACCGAUUUACCCGCUUUGUGAUGAAGUACAGCCUGAUGUCUAAAGACAACCUGAUCGUGCCCAUCAUGGAGGAGGAGAACCAGAGCGGCUCCGCAGGAGAGAGCGAAGCCUGACCCGAACGCCUGGACUUACCCAACCCAGAGACACUCCCCUGUACAUAAGUCUUACAAGCUGCACGACUCUCAUCCUUCUUUUCUUUUUCAUCCUAUAUAAACAAGUGUGGUGAUAUUCACCCUCUCUUUACUUGGUAAGUUAUUGUAUGGGUGGAGGUGUUUUACUCUAACCGUGUUUUUUUUCUUUCUUCUUUUUUUUUUAAUGAACUAAAAAGUUAGAUUAUUUUCUUUAUGAUAAAAUGUAAUAAAAACACACCUCAUACACCA